AUGAUUAAAACUAUUGUAGACAGAUUACGAUUCGAUAAAAAAGAAGUAACACACACCGCUCCUUCUGCUGAUGUCUUUGAAUCUGAAGACGACUUAGCUCUGGCCAAUCUGGAGCCAAAUUCUCCAGCACCUGUAGCAGUACUGUCACUUCAAGACGAACUCGAUCUGACUUUGACGAAUUUAAAAUCUACUGGAAAACCCCAAGUUAGAUCUGGCCAUAAUAAUCUCGAUAUUCUAAUGAGGAAGGAAAUUAAUUAUUUUUAG